AUGUCUGCUUCAGCAUCAGAACACCCACCCUUCUCCAGUCUACCGCUCGACAAGGCCGGACCGCACGGAAAUGCCUGGGGACGCUGGGGCCCCGACGAUCAAAUCGGAACAUUGAAUCAUCUUACCCCAGAAGUAGUUGCUCAGGCGGCGCGGGAGGAAAUCAGAACUGGAGAACGAGUAUCGCUCAACUGGUCAAUGGCAGGCCCGUGGAAUCCCAAACUUGGCAGGAAAUGUUUAGAUGUGAAAUUGAUCAACAAGGAGCCUGUCAAGGUGGCGCAUGACGAUGAGGUAUACCACAUGUUCCCCUGGGGCAUAGCACAAAUCAUUAACCCCUAUCAGUGGUCAUUCAACUCCCAGAUCAGCUCGCAAUGGGACGGGUUCCGACAUUACGGAUACCAGAAGGAAAAGGUCUAUUUUAUGGGCCACACAGCCGAAGAAUUCCAGACCUCGACCGUAAACGGCAUCCACCAUAUCGCCAAACAAGGCAUCGCCGGCCGAGGCAUCCUCAUCGACUGGUACAAAUGGGCCACCUCUCAACCCAACAUGAAAGAGACCAUCGACGCAUUCACACCCCACGCCAUCCCCUUUCCCUCGCUCCUAGAAGCCGCCGCAUCCCAGGGCCUGAGACCAGAGGACUUCCUCCCAGGAGACACCCUCUUCAUCCGCAGCGGCUACAUCCAUCAAUACGAGACCCUUACCCCGGAAAAGCGAGACACGCUCUCCGCGCGCUAUCAGACACAGAAACCCGAGAAUAUCGGCAUCGAGCCCUCAGAGCCGCUGCUGCAGUUUCUCUGGGAUAAACAAAUUGCCGCGGUGGCAGGCGACUCGAGAUCGUUUGAGGUGUGGCCUUGUACGAAGCCGGAGUGGCAUUUGCACGAGUGGUUGCUGGCGGGCUGGGGGAUGCCAAUUGGGGAGUUGUUUAAUCUCGAGGAGUUGAGUCGCAUGUGUGAGCGGAAUGGGAGGUAUACGUUCUUUGUAUCGAGUGAGGUGCUGGAUGUUCCUGGGGGUGUGGCGAGUCCGCCGAAUGCGUUGGCGUUUUUCUAG